UCGACAGUGCGUGCAGCGGCGUACUUGCCCUCCUCGCCGCCGGGGCUGAUCAAAUGCCCCCAAUGCAGCCAGGGCUUCCCGGACCUGAAGGAGCUUCGGGAGCAUUCCGCCCUCGCCCACACACACUCGCCGCUCAACAGCAAGCACCCGGUCACGCCCCUCACCUGCCUCCAGUGCGGGCUUUCCUUCCCCAAUAAGGAGGAGCUCGAGAAGCACGAGCUCCUGCACACUGGCAAUGUCCAAGUGGUCAGUCGUCUCGAGAGUCUUCAGUCCUGUAAAGUGUGUUCGAAGACCUUCGCCAACGUGUACCGCCUCCAACGCCACCUCAUCAGCCACGAUGAGAGAGCCGACCUCCGAAAAUUCAAAUGCCCCGAAUGCAGCAAAGCCUUCAAAUUCAAGCACCACCUGAAGGUAAGUGCGACACGGAUAAUUCGUCCUCCCAAUCGACCCCGAUCGCCCUCCCAAUCGACCCCGAUCGCCCUCCCAGUCGACCCCGAUCGCCCUCCCAGUCGCCCCAUCCCUCUUCCCCGUCGCCCCAUCCGUCCUCCCCGUCAUCCCCACCCUCCCCCCGAAUCUGCA